CGCAGGUAGACAAAUGGGCCGGCCCAUCAGGAGAGAACGAUGCCGAGGACCCAGCUCGCCGUCCACCCGAAGAACCCUCCCAUUUCCAUCCCUCUCCAAGGACUAGAACCCCAGGCCUCGCCAGUCGCCGCAACCGCGCCUCCCCCCGCGAUGGCUCACCUCCGGCUCCUCCUCUCCCACUCGCGGCGCCACACGCAGCCCCAUCGCCUCCUCCCUCUCUUCCACUUCUCCUCCGAUGCCAACUCCAGCUCCAGCUACCCCACGCCGCCGCCCAUCAAGCCCGUCUCCUACGCCCCGAAGCCGCAGCCCCCGCCUGACGAGGCUGCCGCCCCGCCGACCCCGGAGUCACCGAGCGCUGGAUCCGGCGCCGAUCCCACGCUGCCCCGGCGGCCGCAGCAGCCGAUGCCUCCGCGGCAAUGGACGCGGCAGGAGGCGCGGUUCGUGAAGGACGCGGCGCCCGCGAUCUCGCCCGUCUCGUACCCGUCCAGGGUCGCGCCGCUGCCGGAGGACCGGCCGGCCGGGGGGGAGGGGGAGCCGGAGGCAGAGGAGGGGCUGCGGGGGGAGGGGGAGCGGAUCCUGAUGGACGCGGCGCGGGCCACGAGGAGCAUCUUCGGGAUGCCGGUCGAGGAGGAGCAGGUGCCGUAUCCCACGCUCAUACCCGUCGUGAAGCGGCCGCAGAAAGUCGCCAUUGAUCUCGUUGACGCCAUCCGCCUAGUCAAGACCAGUGCAAAUGAGAAGAAGCGAAACUUUACUGAAACUGUUGAAGCUCAUGUGAUGUUAGGUGUUGAUCCGCGUCGUGGUGACCAGAUGGUUCGUGGUGCCUUAACAUUGCCUCAUGGCACUGGCAAGACUGUUAGGGUAGCGGUAUUUGCUGAAGGUCCUUUAGCAGAUGAAGCUAGAGCUGCUGGAGCAGACAUUGUUGGUGGUGAUGAGCUAAUUGAGGAGAUCCGCACAGGAGGAGGCAAACUGAGCUUUGACAAGUGCAUAGCGACCCCGAUGUUCAUGCCUCGUCUUUCAAAGGUUGCUAGAAUAUUGGGUCCACGUGGUUUGAUGCCAAAUCCUAAGCUAGGGUCUGUGACAACUGAUGUUUCUGGUGCGGUCAAAGCGGCAAAAUCAGGCCGUGUUGAUUUUAAAAUAGAUAAAACUGCUAUAGUGCAUGUUGGCCUUGGGAAGGUGAACUUUUCGGAGGAGAGUUUACGUGAAAAUAUAGGCGCUUUUGUGCAUGCACUUUUACUUGCUAAGCCGGUGGGCUUAAAGAAAACUUCGAAAUAUGUAGGAUAUGUGAAGAAGUUCACACUGAGUAGCACAAUGGGACCUGGAUUUCCUGUUACCAUACCAUCACUAUCUGUGGCUGCUGAUCAUUAUAACAAGGUGCAAGUCAGCUGAGUCAACACAAUAAAACACAAAUGAAUCUUUCUUUCUCCACUAGUCGCAGUUGCAGAUGGUGUCUUGUUUGGCAGUGGAGCGUGACUGCUAACCAGGUUGAGUACAAUUGGCUGGCUGGCUGUUUUGCUACUGGGGAUGAUAAUUUUGUGGACAAGAACUUUCAGCAAACAUUAUCUCCUUAAAUCUCGUGGCAUUUCAUUGGGGAUGUUAAGUUUGUCCUCGGGUCACAGCAGUUAUGUGAUUGCAUUUGCUGGUCCAUUUGAGUCAUCAAAGGUGUUCUGCAAUUUGUUGUACGAAAUGUAAACUUGAACUAAUUUUUGAAAAGAUUGGUAGUUUAGGCCAUUUAUAUUUUUAGAUAAUAACAAAUGAGGGAUUGAAUCAUGCUUCUGAACA